CAAAAACACCGAGGAUGGAUGACUUUCAAACUUCUCUGGCCAAGUCGCCAUUACCCUUUUUGUAUCAAUUGGGAAGUCUGAAACGCACGCCCAGAACAGGAUGGCUAAGAUUUGUCCCUAACUGCGAAAGUGUUGCGAGCCACAGUUGGCGACUGGCAGCUAUGGCUCUCUUCGCGCCAGAACCACUGGACCGAAUGAGAUGCAUGUACAUAGGUUUGGUUCAUGACAUGGCGGAGUCCUAUACGGGAGACAUACCUAAGUUCGCCGAAAUCCCGAAGGCCGAGAAAAGAAAACUGGAGACAAGAGGCUUUGAAUGGAUUGAACGCCUCUUGGAACCGGGCUAUCCGGAGCUGGCAGAUGAACUAAAGAACGCAUGGUUGGACUACGAGGAAGGACGCACUGAAGAAGGUCGAUGGAUGAAGCAAAUGGAUAAGCUGGAAUGCCUUAUUCAGGCGAAAGAGUACGAAGAACAAACAUUUGGUGCAGAAAAGGGCCUUGAAGAGUUUCAAAGCCUUCGAAAGCAACUUCAAGCCCCUGAAGCGAAACAUUGGGACGCUUUGGUCCAACGGGAGAGAGAAGCCCACUUCAGCAAGCGCAAACAACAGUUGCCGCUGAUUUUUGUUAUGGGUAGUGUUGACCAUGUCGGAGAACUGUGUACUCUACAGGCCCGGAAAGACGGAUUUCAUCAGGUGUGUUUUGACAAUGCCCUGACACGCAAGUCUGAAGACAACACAUUUGUCCACGCACACUUUUUGAAGACGUGCUUGGCAGAGGGCUUUGAGGUACCGAGUACUCUAGCAGUAGAGAUACUGGAGGAGAGUAUCCGAGAGGUAGUCGGGGAAGGAUCAUCGUCUUGGACUUUGGUUCAGGGUUUUCCAAAAACUUUAGAACAAUUGCAAGAAUUCGAGAGAAAGGUACAAGAAACAUACUGUUCAAUCUAUGUCAAGCCAUCGCUCGCUUGCGAAAGCGACAAGCCCUCCAAAGAAGCCAAAUGGAGAAUGAACGUAACCCCAGAGAGCUAUUUGAAAUCAAUCACGGGAUGCUAUGAAGAGGUUAGUGAAAAGAAAAAACACAUCGGUCGAGCUGUGACUUAUCUUUAUUCAAGAUAUCCGCCGUAGGAUGCGCUGCAGAUACAUGUGCUGAAUUUGAAGGAGCUAUCGAAAGAUUGAUCCAGCGCGCGGGGCCAAGCGCUGGCCGGUCGGAAUGAAGGUCGGAGGCCAGAUCAUUUGGCUUAAAUGCGCUACUAGGAUCCCCGAUGGUCCUUAUAACUAGCAAAUUCGGAGGUUGCCUAUGAGGUUGAGUCGUCUGAGCCAAACAAUCAAAAGAUCCAGGGAAACCGUACGUGUGCCGAAGAUGUCUGAAAAACUGAACGGAUAGUUUGAUUUGUCAACAAGGCCUGUGCGUCUUAAGCCAAUCACGAAUGAGCUCAUAGGUCACCUGAUAUAAGUCCAGUAGUAAUCAAUCAAUCAAUGAACCAACCGAUUAAACUG